CAGUAGUCACAAUCACAUCGAGAAUGGCAAACAAGCUUAACCUAGUUUUGGGUUUCUGCCUUUUGACAGUGGCCUUGUCUUCGGGCGAACGUGCCCGUUACGACAACUACCGUGUUUAUAAAACUACCGCCUCCAGCCCUGCUGAAUUGGAAGUUUUGAAGAACUUGGAAGGUGCCAGCGAUUCUAUUAUGUUCCUGGAUGGCAUCCACAACAUCAACAAGCCCAUCAAUGUUGUUGUUGCUCCCCACAAGGUUCCCGAUUUCUUGGAAAUUAUGGGUGCUAACGAAAUCGAAUACGAAUUGGUUGAAACUAACUUGCAAAGCCAAUUGGAAGACGAUGAAGAACAAGUUGCCAGACCCAAUCCCCGUGCUCGUUCCAUUGACUACAACUGGAACCAAUACUACCAAUUGGAAGAUACCUACAAGUGGAUGCAACAAUUGACCGUUCAAUAUCCCGGUGUUGUGACUUUGAUUGAAGGCGGUAAGACUUAUCAAGGACGUUCCAUUUUGGGUGUUAAGAUCUCCAAGAGCAAGACCACCAAGCCUGGUAUCUUUGUUGAAGCCGGUAUCCAUGCCCGUGAAUGGAUUGCUCCCGCUACUGCCACCUACAUGAUCAACCAAUUGUUGACUUCCAAUGUAGAAAGUAUCCGCAACAUUGCCGAAAACUACGACUGGUACAUUUUCCCUCACGCCAAUCCUGAUGGUUAUGUCUACACUCACACCACCGAUCGUAUGUGGCGCAAGACCCGUGCUCCCUACGGUAGCUGUUUCGGUGCUGAUCCCAACCGCAAUUGGGGCUUCCAAUGGAACGUUGUUGGAUCGAGUAACAAUCCUUGCUCUGAUACCUAUGCUGGUCCAUCUGCAUUCUCUGAAAUCGAAACCCGUUCCUUGUCUGAAUACAUUGCCUCGUUGAAGGGCAAGAUCUUCUUGUACAUCUCGUUCCAUGCCUACUCGCAAUACUUGUUGUAUCCUUAUGGUCAUACCGCUUCUUUGCCCGCUAAUGGUAAGGACUUGAAACAGGUGUUUGAUGUCAGUGUUGCUGCCAUGAAUAAGCGUUACGGAACCAAAUACACUGGUGGCAACAUCUAUGAUGCCAUCUAUCCCGCUUCUGGUGCUAGUGUCGACUGGGCCUACGAAAAUGUUGGCACCAAGAUGGCUUUCUGCUAUGAAUUGCGUCCAUCUUCGAAUUCCGUUUUGACUGGUUUCAAAUUGCCUGCUUCGCAAAUUAUUCCAACCGGUGAAGAGACAAUGGAUUCGGUUACUGCUAUGGUUCAAGAAGUACAGAAAUUGGGUUAUUUCAAGAACUAAGAU